AUGGACAAGUGCCGCGCUGAGACGAGCCAGUUGGUGGCGCUCAUGGCGAACGGCGGUCGGCUGGACGAGGCAUCCGAGAGACUCGCGGUGGCGACUGGCGGCCCGCAGGUGGUGAAUGAUCUCGAGAGGAUUCUGGAGCUGGCGGACAUGGUGUCAGGCACGUCCGCGGCCCUCUCGAGCGCUGAGCCGCGGUCCAGUUUAGUGAAGCCCGAGAAGUACGCCGAAGUGCACAUGGACGACACUCUAGCGAAGAUGCGAGGAUUCGCCAAGCUUGUCCAGAAGAAGAACAUACUGGCUGGACAACCUCUGCAUCAGGCUAUCAAGGAGCUUGGUGAUAAACUAGUACAGGGCAUUAGCGUGUACAGGCGCUAUUGA